AUGAAACUCUCAUCCCUCUUACUUUCGUCGCUGCUUGUUAUACCUUCCGUUACAGCUUUCCCAUUCGAACCGAUUAAAGUUCUUCAACUUGGUGAAGAUGAAAUCAUUUCUGUAAAAGAAUCUGAUAAAUGGUCACUGUUACGCAGAGGUAUCAAGUUUAUUGAUAUUACCAAAUAUCAUAAUAAAGAAGCUAAACUCUCUUUACCGUUUUUAAAUAAGAAACCAAGUGAGACUGUCGUACCAGUAUAUGAAUACCCAACCAAUGUCACCCAUUCUAAACUUGUCAAUUCCAUAACUUCCCAAAUAGACAAAGGCUCCAUGCAUGAAAACCUUUCUAAAUUAACUAGUUUUUUCACUCGUUAUUAUAAAUCUGAAACAGGUUUCCAAUCUGCUCAAUGGUUAUCUACUAAAAUCAAUGAAAUAAUGUCCAAAUUACCAGAAGAUAAAUAUUCCAUUGAACAUAUAGAUCAUAAAGAUUGGAAACAAUUCUCCAUAAUUGUCAGAAUCCACGGUUCUGAAACCCCAGAAAGUAUCGUCGUUAUGGGUUCACAUCAAGAUUCUAUUAAUUUAUUACUUCCUUCUAUCCUUCCUGCUCCGGGUGCUGAUGACAAUGGGUCCGGUACAGUGACUAACUUGGAAGCAUUAAGAUUAUACGUGGAACAUUAUUUAAGUGAGGGGAAUGCUCCAUUAAAUACUAUUGAAUUCCAUUUCUAUUCAGCUGAAGAAGGUGGGUUAUUAGGUUCCUUAGAUGUUUUCACUCAGUAUGCUGCCCUAGAGAAGAAAGUUGUUGCCAUGUUACAACAAGAUAUGACUGGCUAUGUGAUGGAUCCCGAAGAUGAACAUGUUGGUGUGAUUACAGAUUAUACUACCCCUGGGUUGACUGAUUUUAUUAAAUUAAUUAUAGAUUCUUACUUGGCAAUCCCAUACGUGGAAACUACUUGUGGUUACGCAUGUAGUGACCAUGGGAGUGCUACUAAAAAUGGAUUCCCCGCAUCAUUUGUCAUUGAGGGAGAAUUUAAGAAGACUAAUAAAUAUAUCCAUAGUACGAUGGAUACUCUGGAUAGAUUAAGUUUUAACCAUAUGGCGGAACAUGUUAAAAUUGUAGUCGGAUCCAUUAUUGAAUUAGGUGAUUGGAAAUUCACGACUCAUGUGUAG